AUGCAACUUACAAUCCUCACCUCCCUUCUUGCCACUGCGGCUAUGACCGCCAGUGCCGCGCCUGCCACCGGCAUCGAGGCUCGUCAGGGAGUUCCCCGUGUACGCGCCACCUUCUAUCGCGACACUCAAUGCGGCCGCGACGGCCAGCCUUAUGGCGAUGACUAUGUCCCACUGCAAAACACCACCGCCACCGGCCUGAGCACGUGCAUGAACUUUCCCCCUUCGUUCAACUUCCCCAGCACGUACUUCAACGAGACCAUGCUUACAAGGACAAUCCGUUUUUACGACAUUCCUUGCGAGCAACUUACUAGCGUUGACAGCGGACGCCACAUUGACAUCGCGCCGGGCUUCGUGGCUGGUUGCCAGACGCUGACGCUCAAGUCUUAUGUCACCUUGUAG